UAUAGUAUUCGAUGAAUCUGCGCUGUCUGUGCAAAGACUGGACUGGGUGGCCGAAGGUUCUAGUGGGAUUGAAUUGGAGGUUUUACGAUCACAGGACGGCCGAUUGCCACAUUGGCCGUCCUCUAGCUGUGCGUGAAUGCUGUGCGCGAAUGCAUUAUCUCCUUGGAAGUACAUGCGAGGGUACCCGCUGGCUGGCGGACCACCCCGUGCGGUUGGUCGUCCAACUGGAUGGCCUGUCAUCGGUAAUAUCCUGGACAUGCCAUCUAGCUACGAGUGGAAGACCUUCGCUCGCUGGGGAGAAAGAUGGGGUGACAUAAUGUCUGUCAAUCUCUUCGGCAAACACAUGAUAAUCCUCGAUUCCUUCGAAGUUGCCAACGAUCUGCUCGACAAGAAGAGUUCGAUUUAUUCGGACAGACCGGUAUUACACGUUUCCGGCGAGAUGAUCGGAUGGAAGCGCAUUCUUGUGCUCAUGCAGUAUGGUCCUCGCGUACGCGAGGUACGUCGGCUCUUUUCGCGGACCCUGGGAACACACAGUAGGCUCGCGGAGUUGUCCGGUGAUCUGGAAAAGGAGGCACACGGGUUUCUGCGUCGCGUCGCGGAGAACCCUUCGUCAUUGACAAAGCAGGUGCAGAGAUUUGCGGGAGCGUCCAUCUUGAAGAUUAUCUAUGGAUACACCGUUGAGAAGGAGAAUGAUGAAUAUCUCCGAAUUGUUGAUACAGCGAUGGACGAAUUCUCUGUGGCGACGGCACCGGGAGCAUACCUAGCUGAUAUAUUUCCUAUCCUCACGCACAUUCCUGCAUGGUUCCCUGGAGCACAAUGGAAGAGGACAGCACAAGUUUGGCGGAAAGACCUCGACAUGAUGCGCAAUAUUCCAUUCGAGUUCACUAAGGCGCAGAUGGUAUUGUCCCAAGUGCUCUGAUUGACCUUAACACGUUCAAGUCGUGCUCAUGGGCCGUGUUUUCUAGGGUGCGGGAACGACUGUUACGAGCAUGGUGGCUUCGAGUUUAGGCGGCGAUGCUG